UGAAAAGGUUAUUCAGUUUUACAAUAAAAUUUCAAAUAACGCUUAAAAUAAUGAGAAACUGGCACAAAUAAUAUUCAAGAGAAGGAUAUUUAGGGGCUUCUUUACUUGAGAGCCCGAAAUAUAUAUCCGUCAUAGAUAUUUAUAAAUAGGCCUAUAAUUGUCAACGUUUUAGUUUUUAUUUAUUUCUCUUUAUUUUCCUCUUUUGUUCAUAUAAAUGUCUAUUAAAGAAAAAGAUCUAAAAGAACAAAUUUCUAUACAAGAAAAUGAUAAAUUGCAAGAAUUCGAAGUAGAUGAAAACGGUGAAAGACGUAUAGAACCUACAGAAGAAGAUUACAAAAAUCUCAGAGAAGUUGCUGAUAAUAUCCCUAAGGCAGCUUAUCUCGUUAUUCUUGUAGAGUUUUGUGAAAGGUUUACCUACUAUGGUUUGACAGGGCCAUUUCAAAAUUAUAUUCAAAACCCUAACCCGCCUAGUUACCCUGCUGAAUUUCCUGGUGCAAUGGGUAAAGGUCAACAAACAGCUACUGCCUUAACUACAUUUCUUCAAUUCUGGUGUUAUGUGACUCCUAUUAUUGGUGCUAUCAUUGCUGAUCAAUACUGGGUUAUUUUAACUUUAACUUCUAUUCCUGCUGCAAUUGCUUCUGGUGCUACUUUCCCAGGUUUUAUUGUUGCGAUCAUCAUUAUUGGUUUUGCAACGGGUGGUAUUAAAUCGAAUGUAUCUCCACUUGUUGCUGAACAAUAUAGGAAUUUAAAACCAUUUAUAAAGACAAUCAAGCGAAAGUCAUCCUCUAAAGAUACUUAUGAUGAAGAAAUACGUGUCAUCGUAUCACCUCAAGCUACCUAUCAAAAGCUUUUUAAUAUGUUCUAUUGGGGUAUUAAUGUUGGUUCUCUAGCUUCAAUUACUACUGUUGUCCUUGAAAAGAAUUGUGGUUUUUGGCCAGCCUUCCUUUUACCAACACUUGUUUUUAUACCAGGCAUUUUAGUUGUAUGGGCUGGUAAAAAACAUUACGUUCGUAAUCCUCCUCGUGGUUCCAUCUUUAUUGAAGCAAUUAAAGUCAUCAGCUUUUCAUUUAAAUAUGGACUCGAAGGCUGUAAGCCAUCAGUUUUAUGUACUACGCACCCAGAAGUCGCUGAAAGAAUAACUUGGGAUGAUAUCUUUAUUGAUGAACUUCGUCGUACUUUCAGGGCUUGUAUUGUAUUUUGUUGGUAUCCUAUUUACUGGCUUUGUUACUCUCAAAUGACAAAUAAUAUGGUCUCUAUGACUGCUACUAUGCAAACUGGCAAUGUUCCUAACGAUAUUAUGCAAAACAUUAAUCCUUUGACGCUUGUUAUUGUUAUCCCUAUUAUGGAUCGUGUCAUCUAUCCUGGACUUCGACGUAUUGGUAUCAAUUUUCGACCUAUGGCACGUAUUACAUGUGGCUUUGUUUUUGCUGCUCUUGCUAUGGCUUAUGCUGCUGGUAUACAAUCCUAUAUUUAUAGUAAAGGUCCAUAUUAUGAUCAUCCUAAUGGACAUGGUAAAAAUGAUGUCUCUGCUGCCUUAAUUAUUCCUGCUUACAUCUUGGUUGGUAUUUCAGAAAUCUUUGCCUCCAUUACUGGUCUUGAAUAUGCUUACAGAAAGGCACCCGAGAAGAUGAAAUCAUUAGUUAUGGCCACCUUUUUAUUAACGAAUUGUUUUGGUUCUAUUCUUGGUUUUGCUCUUGUUACAGUUGCUGUAGAUCCAAAGCUUAAAUGGAUGUAUGCCGGUAUUUCAAUUGCCAUGGGUAUUUGUGCUCCUCUUUUCUAUUUCUGUCAUGGAAAGAACGAUAAGCUUGAUGUAAUAGAAGAUAAUAUUGGUAUUAGAAAUAACUCUGAUCAAGAAGAAGUUAAAACUGAAAUGAGUUCUAACUAUGAAUUAGAACUUAAAUCUACUGUCUAAAAAAGAAAGAAAGAAAGAAAAAAAAGAAUGUAUAUACAAACGUAAUAUAAAUUUAUUUUCAUGUGUCAUUUUAUACCAAUUAUCAUUUUUACUUCUACUAGAGAAGAUAGAUUUUUUUCAUACACAUUACAUAAUAAAUCAUAAUAUUAUAA